GAAAGCCGAACCUGAGCCAAAAUGAAGCUGCUGCUGCUCUUCUGGAUGCUGUGUGGAGCGUGCGCUGUCAACGUGGCCGAGGCACAGCCCUGCGAUCAGCCGCCGGGUGUGAAGGGAAUGUGUAGGAUGGUGUUGCCCAGAUAUACCUACAAAAAAGCCGAAAACGAAUGCGAAACGUUCUUCUAUGGAGGCUGCAACGGCAAUGAAAAUCAGUUCGAGACCCUAGAAGAGUGCACCAAGACCUGCGUGAAGCCUGCGUGAAGCGUGCGUGAAGCCUGCGUGAAGCGUGCGUGAA